CUGGAUUUUCUCCGAUGAAUUUCUGUUUUGAAGUCGGAGACCAAUGACUGCUGAACUAUAAAAAAUUGUUUAGUAGAUGUAUUGAAUCAAAAUCUGAAGAAAAAUGAGUGUUAAAAUGCAGCCGCCCCCUAGAAAGGGGAAAGUUACUACAGUUUUAAAGAAUGUCCACAGUGAACAGUUGAUGAAAUUGCAAUUGAAACACCAACAAGAUUCAGAUUUCUUGGAUGAUAUAAGAAAUUUCACGAAAAUGAGAGCUGUGAUUGAAAAGGAUUAUGCACAAGCAUUGCUCAAGCUUGCUACAGCUCAUUUACAAAAGAAAUCACCCGUUGUACUGGAUGGAAAAUCGGAGACGGGUGAAUCUUAUAAAACUGUUUAUGGCGUAUGGAAAACCAUGUUAGAUGAAACUGAAAAAAUAGCCAAAGCAAGAUUAGCUGCUGCAGAAGUCUAUCAACAACAAGUAUCAGAAAGUGCAAAAUCUUUAAGGCUACAUAAACUUGCAGUUGCUAAGAAGUGCUUUGAAAAUUUGAAAAAGAUGCAUGAAGAAAUUCAAACUUGUGUGACUGAAAUCGACAAGACAAAGAAAUUAUACUUUGAAGAAGAACAUAUGGCACAUGAAGCUAGAGAUAAAGCUCAUGAUGCUGAUGAAAAGUUAGUGCCAAUUUGAUUUAUUUAUGAUAUAUAUUA